AUGGCUCGCGCAGCUGUCUUGCCCAAAUCCCCCGCCAAACGGGGGUCCCGCACUGUACCCCGAGCUGCUAUGAAGACCACUGCCGCCUCUGCAGCGAGAGCCAAGGCUUCUGCGGACGCCAGGAAGAAAACAACCGCCAAGGCGGCGCCCGCCAAUUACGACUCCGAUGACACCGACGAUGAGCUUGACGUAUUGACGAAGCAACCAGAAAAGCCAAGGGUUCGCGCAAAGCCUGCUGCCCAUACAGCGACUAAGGCCACCACAUCCUCAACAGCUCGUGGUAGAAAGAUUGCGCCGGUGAAGGAAACCCAGGUUGAGACUGAAGAAGAGCCGACCGCCAGGAAUGAACCCAAAAAGCGCGUUGGACGGCCGAAGAAAGCACCGGCCCCUGUCGAAGCCCCUGCCACGAAUGCGCCGAAGGCUCGGGGACGACCGAAGGGCUCGACAAACAAGACAACUCAACCUACCACGACGACAUCAACAACAAGACGGAAGAACCUACGCACAGUUCCCGAACCAGAGCCAUCAAGCGAUACCUCCGAGCCGAAGCACAUCGUGAUUGCGACAAACUCGACCACCAUGCGGUCUAACAUCCUGCGUGGUCCGGCAAAAAAGAAGACGGUCACUUUCCAAGAGAUGAUGGAGUCGGGAUCAGAAGAUGAUGAUGAGAUCGCAGCAACUGCCCCUACUACCAAUAAGACUGCUAUGAAAUCAACAGGGAAGGCUGGCCUAGGAGGUACUCCUGUCCGCAAGGCGGGAGCCACCCGUGGACGGAAACCUGCUAAGAAGGAUGUUGCGCAACCUCUUUCCCCUAAAAAGGCCAAGCAGAUGGCAAAAUCCUUGUCUGCAUAUGCCAGCUCCGACGGCGAAGAUGAUGAGCUCGCUGCGACCAAAGAUGAUGUCAACAGCCCUGUCAGGUUGCUUGUUCACUCGCCCAUGAAGGAUGCGGCCGAGAAUCCAAGCCUUGCAUCUCCCGUCCGCAAGAUCAACUUCACCCCUAAGAAGGCUUCCAGUAUGAUCGAUGAGAAUGGUGAACCCAAGGCUUCUACCCCCAAACAUGGAUCUACUGGUCUCGGCUCUCCAGUCCGCAAAAUCAAUUUCACUCCCAAGCGCAGCCAAAACGCCAACGGGGAUGACGAUCAUUUGGUGCUUCCACCCGGAAGGAAUAUCGACUUCAGCGAAUCAAUGUUCAUGUCAAGUCCCGCCAGACGACCGGAGAUCUCUCCAUUCAAGUUCAGCCACGCAGAUUCUACCAAGAAUCGUCUCUCCCAGUCCAUUUCCGCGCCAAACUUCACACCAGCCCAAGCCUCCCCGUUGAAGAUGUCACCCCGGAAAGGCCAACUGGGGGCUUCUUUCAUGCACUCUCCAGAAAAGAACUCGACCUCGACUCCCGCAUUCCCUGCCCGAACGUCGUUGUUCCUGAGCCCUGCUAAGAAGGGAGCAUCACCUUUCAAAAGCUCGCUAUUCGCACCCAAAUCUUCGGUGACGGAGCAAGCUUCCCCAGAAGACGAAAUCAGCACAACACCCACUUCUCUUCCUAAGCAAUCUCCCAUCAUGCCUCAUUCGGCAGAGAGCCAAAGAGACCAUGAUAUCGAUAUGGUGGAAGAAGUUGCUCGUGACAUUUUUGGAAUUGAGCUACAGUCUUACCGACCCAUGUCUGAGUCGCCCUUAUUGAAGGGAUCAUCUAACGUCGAAUUUGACGCUGAAAUGGAAAUCGAGCAAGCCGACGUUGGCAAUGAUGGGCCCUUCGAGAUGGAUGCUGUGACACAACACUGUGAAUCAGAGCCUGUUUUGAUGCGCGACCCCACUUCGGUUCCUGGAGUCGAAACCAUGGAGGUGGGCGACAGGGCUGAAGACAGCGACGCCGAAAAUUUGGACAUGGGAAAUGCUUCAGAUGCAGACAUCUACGAGCCAGCCCCAACUCCUGGAGUGGAAAUGACCGAAGCGCACGAUACUGCCGCUCAUAGCGUCACUGGAAAAACCUUUAGACAAAAUGCUUCAGAUACAGAAAUCCACGACGAGCUCGAGGUGUUACAGCAGGAAAUCCAGAACGAACCAGAAGACUUUGGUACUAUUUGCUUCAAUACCAUGGAAUCCUUACAAGCACCGUUCAAGGCCUUCGAGCAAUCGGCCGUGGUCGAAGACGAUCUGAUUCUGGAGGAUUCUGCUUCUAUUCAAGAGUAUGCCUCGGAGGUGGAUGACCAGGACGAAGACAUUCCGUCGGUCACUGAAGUCGAAGAUGCGGAUGAGAAUUUCGCAGCUCCAGUCUUGCAACCUCCUACCCCACAGGAGGCCCGGAGUCCGAACAAAGAGCAUCUUGAAAUGUUGCACUCCGAGCGUUCGCUCAACUUUGACACUCUUGAACGACUCCAAGCAAGUCUCGAAUCGGACAGUGACCAAGAGAACAAUUACGACAAUGAAAAUCAAGACAGUGUUCACUGCCUUCAGCAGUCGGAUGAAGAUUACGAAUCUGAGGAGAUGGAGAAUGACGAGGCAAUGGUCGUGCCCGCUGAGGCCACGUUGGAGAUUAUGUUUAAUGCUGGUUUACCAGAUGAACUGGAUGAAAGCGAGCAGAGAACUCACCCCUUUGCGCGCAUGCCCUCUAUCCCCCCACCAGCUCCUACACCCCCAGCCAGUCAUGCGACACCUGUUUCCGUGCAAGAUAGCGCCAAGUCCAGAGGCCAACUCUAUAAUAUCAAUCUGGAGCCACGCAUGGACGAUGUGGAGGAAAGUCUUCUCGAAACUACCCAGACCGAUUUUCCUACGCCGGCAGUCCCCACCGCUGCCGAUACGCCCAUUUUCGCGGCCCGCCGGAAGUCUAACUUUAAUCUUGAUCUGGGCUUCACUCCACUGGCGCAACAAUUUGGGCACUGGGAAACAAACACCCCAUCGCAGGAUCGCCCUGAAAGACCGCGCCGACGAGGAGUUUUCUCACUUGUUGGUCCUCUGGAGAAAGCAGUUGAGCCUAGUACCCCAGAGGCAGACCAUGUAUCAUACCCUGACCUUUCACGCACUCCUCUUGCAAACACACCGUCUUUGUUUGCGGAGUUGCCACUUCAGGAGCGGACCGAUGACGGUUCCAGGUCACCGGUGUCCGUGGCAAUCGAAAAGUCCCCCGCCGCCACUGAAUAUUCAGAGAUCAUGGAUUCGCCAUCGAAGAACAAGAUCUUCGAAGACAGUGAUCAUACUGCUUUGGAGCAAGAACACGAAGAAAUUCGUGCCCGCCAAGUUUCGUCCACACCUGAGCCGAUCGAUCACCAAGAAGAAGGCAUGCCUUCCGAUGAAGAAAAGGAGAACAGCGACACAAUUAUCAUCCCCGCAACACCGAUCAGAGCUAUCCCUGAGCAACGUACUGUCCACACCAUCUCCAAGGUCCCCUUGAAGGGGGAGGGUGAAAUAUCUCCGUUGAAGAUUCCUCGCAAACGCGGUCACUCGCUCUCCGGCGCAUCGCCUACCCGUUCAUCGACCCGUGUCCGCAAGCCGGCAUUCAGGCCUUUCGUGGACAGUGUCCCGACUCUUUCUCCCACCCGGAAGUCGCCACGAGUCGACAGAAGCCCAAGCCCGAAGCGUCGUUGCAGCGCCCCCAGGCGCUCAUCGGAGGCUUCUAAAUCACAAUCUGUUGCUCGCAGUCCUUCCAAGUCCCCGCGCAAGUCUAAGCCUACUAGCCAAGCGCUCAAGGGUGCUGUUGUACACGUUGAUGUGCACACUACCGAAGGCGAAGAUGCAUCUGGAAUAUUUGUCGAGCUAUUGCAGCAGAUGGGCGCCCGGUGUGUGAUGUCCUGGUCCUGGAAUGGCCGAUCAAGUCUGUCUCCUGUCGACGGAGCUGAUCCCAAGGAUGCACGCGUUGGCAUAACCCAUGUCGUCUACAAGGAUGGCGGCCUCCGUACCCUCGAGAAGGUCAAGCAGGCAUCGGGCCUGGUGAAGUGUGUUGGUGUUGGCUGGGUUCUUGAUGUCCCAGUUGCGAGAGAGAAAACAAGUGGCUUGACGAAGCCCCCCUACUCAGUUGAUAGCUCGAUCAUCCCCCGCGGAGGCGCAAAGCGUCGCAAGAGUAUGGAACCGCGCGCUCUGAGCAAUGUCAACGGAACCAUUGUUCAGGUUUCAGAAGCUUCAUCUCCCUCAGCAAGCGGCCGUCGGUGCGGAGCCGACCGCGGCGCAAUGGAUGGAUUCCGCAAGAUUACGCCCCCGUCGCCGCAAAAGGAUGUUCCAUCGACCCCCACUCAUCAAUCCUCCUCGGACCAGUAUACCUUCCCACAAACACCUGGCUACAACUUUGCCAACCUCGAUGCUAUCGGCAUGUCGCCCGCUACACCAUACUUCCUCUCCAACCGAAACCAGCUGGUUCAGCAGUCUUGCCCACCCAAACAGAGCAACAAGGGCUUGUUCCCUGUUUCAGUGCCUUCAUUCAGUCUGGAGCAGGAAUCUGAAGAGGACGCGAGACAGCAACAGCGCGCUCGGAUGGAGGCUGCUCGGAGGAAGAGUACGUUCUACCGUCCUGCCGUUGGCAGUCCUUUGAAGCGGUGA